CAGAAACUGAAUGUAGAACAAUACAGUGAAAAAAUGUGGCGUUUGUUGCUGUUAGUUGGUGUGAUGGGUGUGUUUGGUGUUGAUGCAGAUGAAGUGAAGUCAGUGAUGGAGGGAGAUUCUGUCACUCUACACACUCAUCUUACUCACAUACAGAGACGUGAUCACAUACUGUGGAAGUUUGGACCUCAAGAGACUCGUAUCGCUGAAAUAUAUAAGCAAAACAUUGAUAUAGAGGGCGGUAUUGAGAUAUUUGGAGACAGACUGAAGCUGGACAGUCAGACUGGAUCUCUCACCAUCACAAACAUCAGAAUCACAGACUCUGGACUUUAUAUACUACAUAUCAUCAGUGACAGAGGAAUUUCAUACAAGAGAUUCAAUGUUACUGUCUAUGCUCGUCUGCCUGUUCCUGUCAUCAUCAGAAACUCUUCUCAAUGUUCUUCAUCAUCAGAAAGAUCUUCAGUGUCAAAAUGUGUGUUGUUGUGUUCAGUGAUGAAUGUGACACAUGUGAGUCUCUCCUGGUACAAAGGAAAGAGUUUAUUGUCCAGCAUCAGUGUGUCUGAUCUCAACAUCAGACUCUCUCUACCUCUGGAGGUGGAAUAUCAGGAUACAAACACAUACAGAUGUGUCAUCAACAAUCCCAUCACAAACCACACACAACAUCUCAACAUCAGUGAUGUCUGUCAGCCGUGUUCAGACAAGAUCCAGUGUUUCAGUUUUACUGGCGCUGUGAUCCGAUUGGUCCUCUCUGCUCUGGUGGGCGUGGCCACUAUCGCUGUAGCGGUUUAUGAGGUCAGAUCCAGAAGAGCCGAACAGAAGCAGAGAUCAGACGUCACACCCAGAAAUAACAGGAAGGGCUUCUGUUUCAUGGAGGUUCUGCAGACGAUGUGCCAGCGAUCCUCCACCAACCGCAAGGCCGUCACCAAGUCGGAGUGUUGUUGUCAUGGAAGUCGCGGCUGGGGCUCGAUGUGCGAGUUGUGUCCUCUGCCGGGCACCGUACAGUAUAAGAAAAUGUGCCCGCUCGGCCCCGGAUACACCACAGACGGCAGAGAUAUCAAUGAAUGUGAGGUCAUUCCCAACCUGUGUAAGAACGGCCAGUGUAUCAACAGCAUCGGUUCGUUCCGCUGUCACUGUAAUGUGGGUUACACCAACGACUUUACUGGCACUUCUUGUGUUGACAUGGACGAGUGCUCUCAGUCGCCCAAACCGUGUAACUUCCUGUGUAAGAACACAGAAGGCAGCUACCUGUGCUCCUGUCCCAGGGGAUACAUCCUUCAGCCUGACGGAAAGACCUGCAAAGAUCUGGACGAGUGCUCGACCAAACAGCACAAGUGUCAGUUCUUGUGCGUCAACACCAUCGGUGGCUUCACCUGUAGGUCUAAAUGUCCCGCAGGCUUCACGCAGCACGAGACAGCAUGCAUAGACAAGAUCCAGUGUUUCAGUUUUACUGGCGCUGUGAUCCGAUUGGUCCUCUCUGCUCUGGUGGGCAUGGCCACUAUCGCUGUAGCGGUUUAUGAGGUUGCUAGCGCAUCGCUCUACCAGCUACAGGAACACUGCACUCAUGUGAAACUCCGUUUGAAGGCGCAGAAACCCCAUCGCCAUCAUGUGCCUGUAAGAAAACACGAAACCAGUCACAAAGAGGAACAGGAAAGUAAUGACAGCGAAUGCUGCGAGAAUGAAGACCACCGCUGCUACUACAAUGAUGAUCACUGCAAUAGUGGUUAUACCAAUCCUGACAGGCCCACCUACACGUCAUGGAGCAAGAAGAUUUGUAAUGCAGCCACUAAACUCACCACAACUCAACCUGUUGGUCUGUCAGAGAUGUCCGUGUGUCGUUUCAUCUUGAUUUUCAUCUUGAUGUGGGGUGUUGGUGCAGAUGAUGUGAAGUCAGUGUCGGAGGGAGAUUCUGUCACACUGUCCACUGAUGUUAAUGAAACACUGACAGAUGACCAAAUACUGUGGAGGUUUGGACCUAAAAAUGCUCGCAUUGCCGAAAUCUAUCAACGUAACCCCCCAAUAUAUGAUCAUAUUGAGAGAUUCAGAGACAGACUGAAGCUGGACAGUGAAACUGGAUCUCUGACCAUCACAAACAUCAGCAUCACAGACUCUGGAGUUUACAAACUAACCAUUAUCAGAAGUACCGGAACCCUGUACAAGACAUUUACAGUUUCCGUCAAUGCUCAUCUGCCUGUUCCUGUCAUCAUCAGAAACUCUUCUCAAUGUUCUUCAUCAUCAGAAAAAUGUGUGUUGUUGUGUUCAGUGAUGAAUGUGACACGUGUGAGUCUCUCCUGGUACAAAGGAAAGAGUUUAUUGUCCAGCAUCAGUGUGUCUGAUCUCAACAUCAGACUCUCUCUACCUCUGGAGGUGCAAUAUCAGGAUACAAACACAUACAGAUGUGUCAUCAACAAUCCCAUCACAAACCACACACAACAUCUACACAUCAAUGAUGUCUGUCAGCCGUGUUCAAAUAUCAAUUACGAUUUUAUCCAGCGUUCACAUUUAAUACUGCUGAUAGCUGCUGUUGUGCUGCUGGUCAUAGUUUCAUCUGUUUGUUUGAUUUACUGCCACUACAACAACUGUAAACAACCAGCAAUGAACGUGAGUAUUUAUACGCCACGUUGUUUCAUCAAUAUUGCAAAUUCAUUCUGUAAGUUAAAAAAGUGUUAUUACAAUAGUUCACACUCAGGAGAAGAUACACUACACCAGACCAACACCACUGUAUGAGCACAACGCCUUCAGGAGUCACAUGACUACAGAUGUUAAAGAAGAUCACACAGCAUGCUCAACUGUAAAUAAUAUGAAUACAAAAAUAACUAAUAAAGUUUGUUUUAUAUGACUGGUCGUCCGUUAUUAAACCGAACAACACCGUUGAUCACCACGACAGACGUUUGCAAUACAAAAACAUUUCUCAGCUUUUUGUAAUGAAUAUUUGCAAAUCAAAGAUUAUAUUGCUGGACAUCUGAAGCAUCACAGUGUAUCAUUUUACCAUCAUGUCAAAGGCAUUUACAGACAGAUUGGCCACCAGGACACAAUCACAUUGAUACCUGCAACAAAUACACUUGUGUGAUUUACAA